UUCAGUUCCAGGUUCAGCUGCUUUGAAGCGCUUAGAUAAGCUAUGGUGAAGCGGACAGUCCUUCAAAUAACUGACUGAUAUUAGCGUCACAAAAAAAAAAAAAAAAAACUGACUGACAUCCGAUUUAGGGCUCAUGCAGAUAUAACUCUAAGUCCGAGCUUUUGAAAAUCGAGUUUGCAGAAAGGAGAAGUAAAAACUCAAAAAGGAAAGAAGAUGGCGGAGAAUGAACCAAAUUCGGGGUUGGGCCCCGAAGGAAGGGAGGAGGGUCUAACGCCGUGGGAGCAGCACGCAGCAGUUAUCAACAUCCCUCGCUUCGAUUACAACGCACCCUCUUCGCUUUUGGAGUACUCGCAUUCCGGGUUCCUCAUUACCUGCCCCAUUAAGCGGGAGAAAAGUGCCACGAAAGAAGCUAUUUCCAUCCUUGAAAAGUUUAUUGUGUCUCAGAGCUGUGGUAGUAGCUCUGAAUGUUUGGAAGUCUUGGAUGCAAAUGUGGCUGCGAAAAGAAGAAAAGUAUGCAUAGAGGAAAGAAAUGGGAAAGGUGGUAAUAAUCUUGAGAGCACAAAGGAUGGAGACACCAUAAGAGAUUCUGAUGGAAUUUCAAAAGAAACUAGUUCAUUCUCUGCUAAGAUAGGUGUUGAAUUCAGUCAGGUUCUUUCACUAGUGAAGUUGACAAGGAGUGGAUUACUUCUCUUAACCAUACCAAGGAAUAGCUCUUAUAACACUGUUGAUAUUUUGUCAAACAUAUUUUGUUCUUUGGAUUCUAGAAGUCUAAAGGCACCACUUUGGAUUCAUCGUAUUCUCCCUAUCCAAGCAACUUGCAGUCUCAAUGAGAUGGAUCUACGAAGAGUUGUGUCCAAACUUGUCCAACAAUUCUUGGAUGAUAAACAAAACAAUGUUGAAAGACCUGUAAAGUUUGCAGUUGGUUAUAAUAGAAGAGGGAUAGAAGAGACUGAGAUGAAGACUCAGAGAAAUACUUCAAAAGAUUCUAGUUCAUUCAAUUUAUUAGAUCGAGAAAAGUGCUUCAGUGUUGUGGCUGGUGCAGUUAAGGAUGUUUUACCAGAUUCAGUUGUGGACCUCAAGGCUCCACAGUUGGCUAUUCUUGUUGAGUUGUUACCCCUUUCUGGGGUACCAAAUGGAUCAUUAGUGGUUGCUGUCUCAGUGCUUCCAAGUAAUCUUGUCAGUACGAAGCCUCGACUCUGCGUUAAGGCUUUGAUCUCAGACAUCAAGACCUUAAACUGAAGGAGUUGAAAGAUUUGGAAAAUUUCCUGUGUUACCAUCAAAACUCAAAUCCAGUAAUGCUUCAUAGCUGCUCAAAUAGUAGUUGAUUUAUCAGAGGAAGCCCACAAAAUAACAGGUAUCAACCAGCUAUUUGUUCAAGGUCAUUGACUCAUCUAUUUGGUAGGUGAAUCCAAGCAAUGAAAGAUGCUACAAAAUGGUAGAAGCUGAUAAUUUGAGGUGUUAAACUUGAUGUCAUUGACUGCAGUAUUACUAUGUUUUUGAAUUUCUAAUGCAUUGAAAUGCUUGUGUGAUGUAGUUGACUUGUGCAUUAGAUGAUAUUAAAGGUGCCUAUGGGCCUUGUGCCUUUGCAUGGUUGAAAGCAGAUCGAGUUCUUGACUA